AUGUCUAGUGGUUUAGGCUUCACUGGUCUGGUGAUUCAUCAGAUGUCUAGUGGUCUAGGCUUCACUGGUCUGUGGUCACUAGGUGAGCUUUUCCGUGAACAAGUCUUAUUCUGUACGAUGUCAGUGCGACAUUUAAUCGUCCAAGGAGAUAGUCUCAGUCGACCCCAAUUCGUGAUUAUUGGGUUUAAUCGGAGUAGUCCCCGCCACUUGGGACGAUACGAGAAUGAUGUGGCUGCUCGUGGGGCAGGUCCGAGUCUUCUUUAUGAUCGUUUUGGAGGUCGUAGCCCGCAGCCCCAAUUCGUGAUUAUUGGGUUUAAACGGAAUAGUCCCCGCCACUUGGGACGAUACGAGAAUGAUGUGGCCGCUCGUGGGGCAGGUCCGAGU